CUGGCCCCUUCUUCCAGCGGGACAGCUGCCAUCGCUCCCAUCAUUGCUGCCGUUAAGGACGGGAAGAGCAUCACUUACGAGGGCAGAGAGAUUUUGCCUGAAGAGAUCUGUACUCCUCCGGAUCCUGGUCUUGCCUUUGUUGUGGUAGAAUGUCCGGACGAAGGAUUCAUUCAACCCAUCUGUGAGAACGCCACCUUCAAGAGGUACCAAGAAAAUGCCGACGCCCCCGUGGCGCUCGUGGUUCACAUGGCCCCAGAGUGUGUGCUUGCGGACCCCAGAUACCAGCAGUGGAUGGAGAGGUUUGGGCCUGCCACCCAGCACCUGGUCCUGAACGAGAGCUGCUCGUCGGUCCACAAUCUCCGCAGCCACAAGAUCCAGACGCAGCUCAGCCUCAUCCACCCCACCAUCUUCCCCCCGCUCGCCACCCCCCACGGCCAGGAGGAACACGCCACCUUCCCUGUGCCCACAGUCCGGGGCGAAUGUCUCCUCAAGUAUCAGCUCCGUCCUCGGAGGGAGUGGCAGAGGGAUGCUGUUAUUGUCUACAAUCCCGAUGAAUUCAUAGCUGAGGCCCUGGAGCUCCCCAAUUUCCAGGAAAGCGUGCAGAAAUACCGGGAGGCCAUGCAGGACGGCCCAGCCCCAGCAGAGAAAAGAAGCCAGUACCCAGAAAUCGUUUUCCUCGGAACGGGCUCUGCCAUCCCCAUGAAGAUUCGAAACGUCAGUGCCACGCUUGUCAACAUAAGCCCCGACGCGUCCCUGCUCCUGGACUGUGGCGAAGGCACGUUUGGGCAGCUGUGCCGACACUACGGAGGCCAGGUGGACAGGGUCCUGGGCACCCUCGCCGCCGUGUUCGUGUCCCACCUGCACGCGGAUCACCACACGGGCUUGCUGAAUAUUCUGCUGCAGAGAGAACGGGCUCUGGCGUCCCUGGGGAAGCCGUGUCCCCCGCUGCUGGUGGUCGCCCCGACCCAGCUCAAGGCCUGGCUCCAUAUGUACCACAACCAGUGCCAGCAGCUGCUGCAGCACGUGAGCCUGAUUCCCGCCAAGUGCCUUCAGAAAGGAGCGGAGGUCUCCAGCCCCGCGGUUGAAAGGCUGAUUGGUUCGCUGCUGGGAGCGUGUGACCUGGAAGAGUUUCAGACCUGCCUGGUCCGGCACUGCAAGCAUGCUUUCGGCUGCGCGCUGGUCCACACGUCCGGCUGGAAAGUGGUCUAUUCCGGGGAUACCAUGCCCUGCGAGGCCCUGGUCCAGAUGGGGAAGGACGCCACCCUCCUGAUACACGAGGCCACGUUGGAAGACGGCCUGGAGGAGGAGGCUGUGGAAAAGACACACAGCACUACCUCCCAGGCGAUUGGCGUGGGGGUGCGGAUGCACGCGGGGUUCACCAUGCUGAACCACUUCAGUCAGCGCUAUGCCAAGGUGCCACUCUUCAGCCCCGACUUCAACGAGAAAGUGGGGAUUGCCUUUGACCACAUGAAGGUCGGCUUCGGGGACCUCCCGACGGUGCCCAAGCUGACCGCACCGCUCAAAGCCCUGUUUGCCGGCGACAUCGAGGAGAUGGAGGAGCGGAGGGAGAAGCGGGAGGUGCGGCUGGCGCGGACGGCCCUGCUGUCCAGGGAGCAGGCGCGUGGCCCCGAGGACGGGACGCCCCUGCAGAAACGGGCCCUCACAGAGCAGCCUCAGAGCCCCCAGAGCAAGAAGGUCAGGGCCCAGUGAGGGCGCGGGAGGGACCCUGGACUUGCAAGGCUGGCGUUCUCCAGAUGGCACGGCGUGGGCUUCCCUGACCUGGUGGGAGCCGGAGGGCUCAGUUCGACCGGGAGGCACCAGGGCGUGGGGGGGGGGGUGUGCACCCGGGCCUUGGCGAGGGCCCCGCACAGGGACGGCCCUGCUGGACACCUCCUACGGCCGGUGCCUCGGGACGUGAGGCUGCUGGAUGGAAGACCAGGGACAAUUCGAAUUCGGUACAGACCGAUUUUUAAAGAAGUCACACGGAAAACCGGCCUGCCCACUCCCGAGGCCAGCCACAUCCCCGAGCGCUGGGUGGUGGACAGGAGUCCAGGAAUAGCCUUUGCAAAGACAAAGAGGCCGCUUGGAACCUGAGUGCCCUGCUUCAUUCCGGUGCCACCUGGGAGCAGGCGUCUCCCUGCCCUGCAGAGUUGCGCCACCCGGUACCCGGUGUGACCUGCAAGCCAGCUCUGAUCGCGGCCGGGGCCCGGGGAGCUGCCACCCCGCUGUAGCCUAGUUUUUGACCAAGUCAAGCCACGCCAGCAGGAUCCGGGCAGCGGCUCAGGAAAACGCAAGUCUUCGCGCUAUGGCAGGGGAAAUGGGAGACUACGGAUGUGCUUGCCCCAUGGCGAGAACGAGACGCCCUCCCUGCCCUCAGAGUGUGGAGAUCGGACGUCGAGCUGGCUCUCCUGCCCUUCUUUUGGGAUUUAACAACACUGAGGUCAGUGCUUGGAAAUGGAAACUUCCCACUAAUUAAUUUGGUAUUUAUUUGUGAGAACACAGAGCUUUAAAAGCGCAGGCGAUCUGGAAGACGCCGACCGAGCAUUUUAGCCUGGCCCAGCUGUGACCUCCGAUGUCCUCCUGAGGGUCCCCUGCACGGAGGCGUGUCCGCAACACAAGAAGAUAGGCCACGCUCAGGGAUAAUAAAUCUAUUUUAAUAACAUUA